UAGAGUGAAGAGCGAAGAUUGCAUCUUGUUUGUAGCAGCAGGAUGGUGAAGGUUACGGACUUACGGUGACGGUGACGGUGACGGCGAUGGUGAUGGUGAUGGUGAAGCUGAGUAAUAAGUAGCGAGCAGUGACUGUGAAACCGUCGAUAUCACUCUUCAGCCUAACAUAUAAUAUAAUCCUUUUUUUUAUGUGGAUCGGAUCUGAAACUUUGGAUAGGACCAUUAAUGGAUCGGGUUCUGAGGGCGGCGCGUGCCUCCGGUUCCCUCAACCUCUCAAAUCGCAACCUCCGACACGUUCCCGAUGAGGUGUAUCGCAAUCUCGACGGCCUCGGCGGCGACGACAAGUGGUGGGAGGCUGUGGAGCUUCAGAAGCUGAUUUUGGCUCACAAUAGCAUUGAAUCUUUGAAGGAUGAUAUUCGCAAUUUGCCUUGCCUUGCUGUCUUGAAUCUUAGCCACAACAGGCUUUCUGAGCUCCCGGCUGCUAUCGGAGAGCUGCCUCAGUUGAAGCUGUUGGAUGUUUCAUUCAAUUUGAUAUCUAAAAUACCAGAGGAAAUUGGCUCAGCAACAUCACUUGUUAAGCUUGAUUGUUCGAACAACCAGCUCAAGGAACUUCCAAGCUCACUUGGCAGAUGCUUAGAAUUGUCCGACCUAAAGGGAUCAAACAAUCUUAUUGCAAUCUUGCCAGAAGAUUUAGCAAAUUGUUCCAAAUUGUCCAAGCUAGAUAUGGAGGGAAACAAGUUAACAGAGAUAUCUGAAAAUCUCUUUUCAUCAUGGACCAUGCUUACUGAAUUCAAUGCAUCAAAAAAUUUGUUGAAUGGCAUACCAGACAGCAUUGGAGGCCUUUCACGUCUAAUUCGUCUUGAUCUCCACCAGAACAGAAUCUCGUCAAUCCCUUCAUCAAUCAUGGGUUGUCAUUCACUUGCUGAGAUUUAUUUGGGGAAUAACAACCUUUCUACAGUACCUAUGGAGAUUGGGGCACUUUCUCACCUAGGGACUUUAGAUCUUCACUCUAACCAGCUGAAAGAGUAUCCAGUAGAGGCAUGCAAAUUGAAUCUUCUUGUGUUGAAUCUUUCAAACAAUUCAUUGAGUGGGUUACCUGCUGAAAUUGGUAAGAUGACCACCUUGAGGAAACUUUUGCUUACUGGAAAUCCUUUGCGGACUCUCCGAAGCUCAUUAGUCAAUGGACCUACACAAGCUUUACUCAAAUAUCUUCGAAGUAGACUUUCUGAAGCUGAAGAUUCUGGAGCAGUAAUCACAGAAAAAGAUGAAGUAAUUGCAAUGGCCACCCGGCUGUCUAUCACUUCAAAGGAACUUUCAAUGGAAGGACUGGGGUUGAAUUCAGUUCCACCAGAAGUAUGGGAAUCAGGGGAAGUCAUGAAACUUGACCUUUCCAAAAACUCCAUCCAGGAGUUGCCUGUUGAGCUUUCUUCUUGUGUAUCCCUCCAGACAUUGAUUUUAUCUAAGAAUCAAAUUAAAGACUGGCCAGGUUCAAUUCUUAAGCCACUUUCUAGUUUGUCAUGUCUGAAGCUGGACAACAAUCCUCUGAAGCAGAUACCAUCAGAUGGUUUUGAAGCGGUGCCUAUGCUUCAGAUCCUGGAUCUCAGUGGUAAUGCAGCUUCAUUAGUUGAUGGACCUUCAUUUUCUUGUUUGACACACCUUCAAGAGCUUUACCUGAGGAGAAUGCAGCUCGGUGAGUUCCCAUCAGAUAUACUGAAGUUGCAUCAACUACAGAUCCUUGAUUUGAAACAGAAUUCCCUUCAGUCAAUUCCUGUGGGGAUAAAAGAUCUCACUUCUCUCAAGGAGCUUGAUUUAUCUGAUAACAACAUCUCAGCCCUUCCACCUGAGCUGGGUUUGCUGGAGCCAAGCCUUCAAGCAUUGAGACUUGAUGGGAAUCCACUCAGAAGCAUUCGGAGGACUGUCUUGGAUAAAGGAACUAAAGCUGUUCUGAAUUAUUUGAAGGACAAACUACCGGAGCAAUAGUUUUAUUAUUUAAUUUAUUUUUGGUUUUGAGUGUGCUUCUAUCUUUGGGACUUUUUUCCGGCCAGGGUAUAUGUUUGACUGUUUGUUGUAUAACUCGUAAAAGUAAUUUAUAUCUGUGUUUGACUUUAUUUUUGUGGGAGGAAAAAGUUGUAGAAUAGUUGACUUCUGUUGUAAAAUAAAUACUGCAGUUUGUGCCAUAUGAGCUUACAGAUAAUUCGUUACAUUUAAA